AUGGCCCUACCUGGAGCCUCUGGCAGAAAGCACCUGGGGACACCCGAGGCCGACCCCUGGGGUUUUGGAGUCGGGGAUACAGAGGAUCCAAGGCUCGCUAUACUCCAGCUGAAAAAGAAAUACUGGCAUCAUACGAAGGAGCUUGAGCUGCCUCGGAAGUGGUUGGAUGUUGACCUCAUGAAAGCGUGUCAGGAAGCUUUGGAUGACUGCUGUCCACACCAAGGACAUGAUCAGCUGGAACUGCAAGAGGAGGAAGAGGAGGAGGAGGAGGAAGGCAUAUGUCAAAGCAACCACAGCCAUGUAGAUUCCCUUCUCUCCUUGAAGGGCUAUUUACAGCUUCUGUCAUCACAGAUGGAAAAUAUGCUAGAGGGCUUAAUUGAAAAUACCAGCUCUAUCUCACAGACUACAGAUGGCCUAGUACAAGGUAACUCCCUAGGAGAAAUAAGGCAAGACUUUCUUCACUUACCUGAGCUCCCAGUAAGCAUAGUGGAGAAUUUAAGACAUUCUGGUCUUUAUGGGCUGUUUUCAGCUGCUGGCAUUAGAAACCUAACGGCCCGUGAUGAUAAUUUUAAUGAAAAUAAACUCAUGUCUUCGGCUUUGGAGGAAGGCUUUGAUCCUAUAGAAGUUUCUCAGCUCCUUGAAGAACGUGGGUCAGAUUCGGAAUUGUCUUUGAAUUCAAGUCACAGAGCUGUUGGUGGCCGUAGCCAAGAACGCAGUAAAUAUGGCCAUGUGGAAUACCGAGGUGAUUCAGAGUGUUCUAGAGAAGCCAGCAUUUCCUUCAAUAACCACAUUUAUAAUCAGCUGCCAAGUCAAGCAGCAUCCACUCCGGAGCAUCAGCAGCAGAUGCGGAUGGAGAAACCAAACAAAGUAAAGGGUAGGUGCCAUAAUUCUACUGAUACAAACCUUAGCAGCGAUGAACACCGUGCAAAAGCUCUGAGAAUACCAUUGUUAGUAGAUGAAAUUGUGAGCAUGCACAUUGACUCUUUCAACAGCACAUGAGCAAAGAACCAUCUGACAGAUACUCGGGUAUUACUUUUACAUGACAUCAGAUGAAGGAACAAAGUUGCUGCCCCAAAUUGUCGUAAACAGAAUGCAAUUCUUAACUUGGAAGACGACAUAUGUAAUCUUCAAACACAAAAGGAGAGCCUUAAAAAGGAGCACUCUCAGUGUAGCAGAUCAAUCAGCCAGAUGAAGCAAAAGUUAAAUAACUUUUACUGUGGCAUUUUCAGUAGAUCGAGGGAUGACCAGGGUAGAUCUGUUAACCCAUGCCAAUGUGUCAUUCAUCGCAGUAGUGAUGGCAGUGUUUUCAUAAUACCCAAACACUUGGUCAAAUCAGAACAGAAACAAGAUAAUGAAAAAGAGCAGAAACAAAAAUAA